UUUCAACCUUAUUUUACAAAAAGUUAUUCGACGGUCUCCAUUAUCUUUUUUUUAUUUUAUUUUUUUGUUAACAAAACGGGUGACACAUCCGAAAUUGAUCGGAGUAUGAAAGCUGCAUUAAAUGAUUUUCAACUUUCGAUUCGCAGUUCGAUUCCCGUCCAAUUCAUCACCUUUUUCAUAAGAAUGUUAACCACCUUUUGUCAACUCCAAUCCCGGCGCACCCUGAUCCACCUUCGCCACCACAUCCGCCGGCAUGCCCCCUUUCUCAUCCGCCGGCAUCCGUCCACGACAAGUAUAUCCAAACCACUCUUGACUGAAUCCAUUAAUGGUCGAGAGAGGGUCUAUACCAAGCCAUCGCAUCCUUCUAAACCGCUUUUGUAUGCAUGGACUGCGGAUGCGGGCACAAGGAUGGGAGUGUGGCGAGGAGGAGUGUUGGGGUGGAUAAAGGCCAUGUUUUUACCUGUUGGGUACCCGGGGAGUGUGCAUCCAGUUUACGCCAAAGUACACGUCUAUCAGUUUGUGGAGACGUUGAUUUGGAGCACGGUCUCUGUCCUCUGCAACCAAGCGAUGCUCUCCUCAAUCGGCGUCGGCUCUCCAGCCGCCACAACAGGCGCGGUGGCGAUACAGUGGGUUCUCAAAGAUGGUAUAGGCGAGAUAGGAAAACUGUUUUUUAUCCAACGAUUUUCGAGGAGUUUUGAUUCGCAUCCCAAGACGUGGAAACUGGUUGGAGAGGUGUCAUCACUUGGAGGGGCGUUUUUGCAGCUUUGUACGGCCAUUGCGCCUGGUGGGUGGUUUUUGGGGUUGGCGGGGGUGGGCUAUGCAUUGAGGUCGAUUCAUUACUCGAUUUGGGGUGCAACGCAUAUGACAUUCACACGCAACUUUGCGCUGCAAGGUAACGUCGGAGACCUCGUCGCCAAAGAUGAUUCCCAAAUGUCCGUCGCCCAUCUCUUGGGCAUGUUGAUAGGCGUUUGCGCCAUCACCUUCUCCCACACACCCACAUUUCUCUUCACCACGUUUUUCCUUCUGGGUCCACUUCAUUUCACGACAACCCUCGCCCUUCUCCGGGCUGCGCGGUUUGAAGUGCUGAAUCAGACUACGCUAGCAUUGGUGUGUUGGAAGUUUGUACGAGAGGGGCGUGUAUCCGGUGUUGAGGAGUUACGGCCUUAUGAGAAAUGGUUUGGGGAAUGGAUUAAGAAUGAUGUGCCCGUUGCGAGGAUUCGUAUUGGUGUUGAGGUUAACACCGCGUUUAAAGAGGCUGGAGAGGUAGAGGGUGUUUUGAGUGUGUUGAAGGCUGAAAACUACCUUCUAACACCGACGCCCAACCCUUGCCUCCUCCUUCAUCCCUCGGCUACACCGCAUGAUAUCAUCAAAGGCAUGCUCCAUGCAACCGCCAUCCACACCCUUCUCACAGAGAACCCCACUGCAGAGCCUCUAAAAGCUCUAGCAUCAUCUCAUGCGUGGGCGAUAGAAAAGUUUCCUGGGUUUGUGGUGGAGAUAGAUGAGAAGGGAUGGCAGUCUGAUGCCGUGUUUUGGGAGGAUGUAGGGAGGCGUGUUGUGUGGGAUAGGGAGAUACCAGUGAUUGAGGAGGAAAAUGGCAGUGUGUGAGGUCAGCGUGUGAGGUCAGCGAGUUUUUGUAUUUCAUAUAUUAGUAGAAGGAGAAUAAGUGACAUGGUUGGUUUGAGCGAUAGAUUUGGUGUAGGGUAAUAGAACUAUU